AUGCUUUUGUUACUCCCCUCGCAAUUUGUCGGGCCCCAGCAACGAAACGAUAUGACUGGAGGGAAACUGGGACCCAUUGUGGGAACGACGCCAUCGUCCAAUCGAAUGGCUUCCUCAGUCAGGAUUGCGAGUAAAAAAUGGGGCAGCAAAAGGUAAUUUUGCUUUGCUCAUUCCCAAAGUCACGAGAGCAACAGUCGCACGGCCGCACUUUAUAGCCGUCCUCGCUAUCUCCAUUAUAGCCGUCUCUCCUCGUCCUCGUCCUCCUCUUUCCCUCGCCAUGAGCAGUCUUACGCUUCUCCUCCUCUUCCUCCACUUUUCGACGAGCCCCUCGUACGCCUCCUCGCCAUUGCUGGCUUCCCCCAUCAACCAAACCAUCUACAACAUAACGAAGACGCUGUGCUGGGGAUGCUGGGCGGAGGCCGUCCAAUUCCUCUACGCCCACAACGUGGUUCGGGCUACCCACUGGGAGCUCCCCCUGGCCUGGGACCCAACCCUCGAGUCCUACGCCCGGUGGUGGGCCACCCAACGGAAGGGCGACUGCCGGCUCCAGCACUCGUUCCCCGACGGCGGCUUCCAGCUCGGCGAGAACAUCUUCUGGGGUUCCGGCUCGGGGUGGGGGCCUUUGGACGCGGUCCGUAAUUGGGCCGGGGAGGAGCGGGACUACUCGUACGCCGCCAACGCCUGCGCCCCGGGCCGGAUCUGCGGCCACUACACCCAAAUGGUUUGGAAGGAUACACGUCGCCUCGGAUGCUCCCGCGUCGUCUGCGACGGUGGUGGUGUGUUCAUGACGUGUAAUUAUUUUCCACCUGGAAAUUACAUCGGAGAGAGGCCGUAUUAGUGAUGUAAAAAAGUACUUGGAAUCAUAAUGUUGAUGUAUGCGCCUAAUAAAUAUGGACAUAUGUCCGUGACCGGUUAA